CUCUCCGUCGGACUCCUUGUCUCUCUGCACACGUCUUUCCCCCUCCUGAAAAGUGUGUGCGCGUCAAAGGAGAGCGCAGGAAUAAAGCGUGUGUGUUUGCGUGCGUGUGUGCGUAAGGCUGCAUGUCCGGAGCGAGUGAAGGCAGAGAGGGGGGGAUUAUUCGGCGCUAUCGAAAUAUUUCAACACGUCGCGCUCUCGCUGCAGGACUGAAGCCAAUAAGAAGGAGCCCGUUUUAACAGGAAUGCCGAUAUUGUAAACAGCAGCGGAGGGAGAAAGGAGAAAGAAUGCGCCGCGGUCAAUUAAGAGACUCGCCCCUGUUGGUUUGAUUCGAACUUAAUGUCCGAAAAGGAGCAGAGAGGUGUGCCGAUGCGCGUCAGCCCCCAGUGAAAAUCGGCGUCGCAGCGCUCCUGAAGAUUAAUGGAGAUCAUUUUUGCUGUUUUGCUUGUCGGACUUCUGAUCAAAACUUAACAAAGGACAGCAGAGAUUUGCCCGAAACUCGUCACAAAUAGUGGAUGUUUUGUUGGUGUCGCGCUGAAGGAGGAGUUCUGAUUUCUUACUUGUUUUCUUUGCUCUCUUUUUUUUUUUUUUUGUCUUUAUAUUUUGACUCAACUUGCUGCCCCUUUGACGCAGAGUCCAAUAUUUCCAGAAAUAUCACCGUUCCCAACCCUACAUCUGUUGCCUGCACUUGGAUGAACUUCCUGAUGAGAGAUCCAGUCAUACAAGGAUCAAGUAUGGCAUAUCAUCCGUUUAUACCUCACCGGGGUCCGGAAUUUGCCAUGAGCGCAAUGCUGGGUCACCAGCCACCUUUCUUCCCGGCCCUGGCGCUCCCUCCCAGCGGCUCCCUGUCUCUGCCGGGCGCUCUGGGGAAGCCGAUUAUGGACCAGCUGAUGGGAGCCGCGGACACCGGCCUGCAUUUCUCCUCGCUCGGGCACCAGGCUGCUGCCGCGCACCUGAGGCCUCUGAAAACUCUGGAACCCGAGGAGGAGGUGGAGGACGACCCCAAAGUUCACCUGGAAGCCAAGGAGCUCUGGGAACUCUUCCACAAAAAAGGCACGGAGAUGGUGAUCACGAAAUCCGGAAGGCGGAUGUUUCCUCCCUUCAAAGUGAGGUGCACCGGUCUAGACAAGAAAGCCAAGUAUAUUCUCCUGAUGGACAUCGUCGCCGCCGACGACUGCAGGUACAAGUUCCACAACUCCCGCUGGAUGGUGGCGGGGAAGGCCGACCCCGAGAUGCCAAAGAGGAUGUACAUUCACCCGGACAGCCCCGCCACGGGUGAACAGUGGAUGUCGAAAGUGGUGAAUUUCCACAAGCUCAAGCUGACAAACAACAUCUCCGACAAGCAUGGAUUUGUAAGUUCAACUAAUACCAUUCUUAAUUCCAUGCACAAAUACCAGCCUCGCUUUCACAUCGUGAGGGCCAACGACAUCCUCAAGCUCCCGUACAGCACCUUCAGGACCUACGUUUUCCCCGAAACGGACUUCAUAGCCGUGACUGCUUAUCAAAAUGACAAGAUCACCCAGCUAAAGAUCGACCAUAACCCGUUUGCCAAAGGAUUCCGUGAUACCGGCAAUGGGAGACGGGAAAAGAGGAAACAGCUGGCUCUGCAGUCCAUGCGAUCCUACGAGGAGCAGCAGAAAAAGGAAAACGGCGCUUCAGACGACUCCUCCGGCGAGCAGGCUUCCUUUAAGUGCUUCGGCCAGGCCUCGUCCCCCGCCGUGUCCACAGUGGGCCCCCCACACCUGAAAGAUUUCUGUGACAGCGAGGAGGACAGCGAUGACGAGAGCAAGGAUGGCAACCACAAAGAUGGUCCGGACUCCAGCAAGAUCUCCACCACCACGGGGGACGGGAAGGAUCACGAGGCCAGUCCGGCUAAGGGACACCCCUUCAGUAGCAGCGACUCCACAGGCAGGAGGACUGAGAAAAGCCAGGCGGACUCCCGGCAGAGUCCCAUCACCGUCAUCUCCAGCACCACGCGUUCGGCGGAAGAUCUCAAGAGCCCGAACCUGGACCAGUCCAAAACGGACGAAUGUAGGUCAAUAAGCAAGGACAGCUUCAUGCCUUUGACUGUUCAAACUGACAGCGCGCACAUGGGCCACAACCACUUGCAUAACUUUGGAUUUCCGCCGGGCCUGACAGGACAGCAGUUUUUCAAUCACCUUGGGAGCGCGCAUCCGUUCCUCUUGCACCCCGGUCAGUUCAACAUGGGGGGCGCGUUCUCGAACAUGGCCGCUGGAAUGGGACCCUUACUAGCAGCGGUGUCCUCGGGAGGGGUGAGCACCAUGGACACGACCAGCAUGGCAUCGCCUCCGCAGAGCUUGACGGGCGCACCGGGCCUGCCCUUUCAUUUGCAGCAGCACGUCUUGGCAUCGCAGGGCCUCGCCAUGUCUCCGUUCGGCAGUUUGUUCCCGUACCCCUACACCUACAUGGCCGCAGCGGCCGCCGCCUCCUCCGCCGCCUCUUCCUCGGUGCACCGACACCCGUUUCUGAACGCGGUGCGCCCCCGCCUCAGGUACAGCCCCUACUCCCUCCCCAUGACGGUGCCGGACAGCACGCUGCUCACCACCGCCAUGCCCCCCAUGCCCAGCGGCGGCGGCGGCGGCGGCGGCGGGGGCUCCGAGCUGAAAGCGGACGGGCUGGUCCCGGCCAGCCCCGCGAUCACCCUGGACUCCACCUCGGAGGUGACCAGCCACUCCUCGGGGAUAACCUCGGCGUCCCCGAAGACGUGCGCGGAGAAGGAAGCGGCCAACGAGCUGCAGAGCAUCCAGCGCUUGGUGAGCGGACUGGAGUCCAGUCAGGACUCCGGGCCCAGGAGCGGAUCCCCUUAACGCACCCCCCCGCCCCGCUGCCCGCCCUAAAACACCUGGUGUCAGGAAAAUUGAACGGGGAUGAAGACUCAUGCAGGUUUUUAAUAAAAAAUAAAUAAAAAUAAAAAAACAAGACUAAAAACUUUUAGUUUCUGAAAUGCACUUUGUUUAUUACACAUCUAAAAUGUAUAUUUCUAUCUCCUCCUCGGCUUUUUUCCUCCCAGUUUUUUUUUAUUUUUUUUAUUAAUUUAAAUCACACUUAUGUUUCCUGUCAUUUGAAUACCGUACAAGUAUUGAAACUGAAACGCUGGCAUGGGUGUGAAUUAGACAGGUUACGGAGAAGUUGCUGCUGUGUCCUUUCUCCUGUAACUCUAAACAUAUGCACUCUGAAUUGAACUGACUUUAUUCACUACCGUUUUGACCUACCUUUUUGUUUUUGUUUUUAUUUUUUAAAUAAUAAUUAAAAAAAACUGCUGUAUUUUCUCGUACGCUAUGAAUUCAUGGAUUGAGCAAUUGUUGCAUGCCCUCGAAAAUUAGUCCGAGUUUUUUUUGUUUUGGUUGUUUUUUUAUUAUUAUUAUUGUUAUUAUUAAUAAAUAACAUUUUCCCUUACCUUUCCAUAUUUUAAUUAGAUUAAGAAUUAAAAAUGAGUUUUUCCGAAUAUUGUUUUUGGGAAAGGUCUACUGAAAGAAUGGUGCUCCGGGACAAAACUAAGGCGCAAGCAUGCGGAAUUAAGGGAAGCAGAAAUUUAAAGGAAAUAUUGGAAAAAAAAAAAAGACGAAUGGUAGUAUUGAUCAUUGAUGUAAAUAGGGAUAUAUAAAAAUAUUUAUGUAAUUAUUUGAUAUUGUUAUUGCGUGUAAAUACAACGGAGUAGUUCAUUUCUAGGGAUCUGUUCUUAAUUUAUUGUUGAUAUACCUGUGUAAAGAUGGUUUGUGGACUAUUACCCCAUCUGCAUUUAUAUUUCCCUUUAAAACACGGACUUCAUGCCCCAAUCCCCAUAAAGCAACAUCCACACAGAGAGAUAGUUAUUCACACUCAUGUGCCAUUGUAUUUUCACCUGUCCUUGUGUGUGAAGUGCUACUGUUUUAAGCGAAUGGAAAAAGCGACAACGCACUGCACCCAAUGGCUUGAAAAUGAAAGAAAAAAAAUACACAUUUUCUUCUUUAUUUUUUUCCUCUCUUUUUUUGCUUUUCGAGAAGUGUCGUUGAAGUGUGACAAAAGUGAAUUUAUUUUUUUUUUCCUGUUUUGUUUAAAAAAAAUCUGAUCUCUUUUUUUUUAAGUGCCGCGUAAUCGGAAAAAUAUGAAGGUUUUUCUCUCUGUCUUUUUUGUGUUACUUACGUUGUCUGUGGGUUUCGUUGUAUCGGAGUUAUGUCUAGUUUACAUCAUCGACAUUGUGUUCUUGAAAGUUUCAAUAAAAAAAAAUAUUGAAAUGCU